AUGAUGCUACGAAUGGCGAGACUCACUGACGAUGCCGACUACGAUGUCGGCGAAACGUCUGUGGAUGCACCACUUUCAGAGUCCGGCUUUGGAAAUGAUUUUGCAUACAAUGGACUCAGGACAAGGUGCGUUCCUCUAAGUCUUCCUACCAAUAUCAUCAAGUUGCGAAAACAAGUUCAAACAACCUCUCUACUCAUAUCACUGUGA